AACUGUGUACUUAAAAAGUAGUUAUUCGAUAUCAAACGUUCAAUAUAUUUACCAACAUAACAGUCACAACAAGCACGGUGUGCAUUAGUGUAUAAACCUGCUAGUCAUAGGUUCCAAUUGUUAGCAUGAAUCUGAAGAAUAACAUAGAAAAUGGUUCAAUGCAGAGUGAUGUCUAUUUAACAAAUCAACAAAGGGAGUUUUACAAAUAUAAUGGUUACCUUCUCAUCCGCAAUUUAGUAGAUACUGGGCUCUUAGAUGAUUGCAUGCAGCGUUUUCGCGAUAUUUGCAAUGACAAAGUGGACAGCAGAUACAUGCUAAAAAUGGAGAACAUUUUUUUAAAAACGAAACAUAGGCGAGGCGAGUUUUUGAUAAACAAGAUACAAGACUUUAAUUACGACGAUGUACUUUUUCAAUAUGCGAGCUACAAAGCAAUUUUGAACAUCGUGGAAGGUAUCCUGGGUGCAACAAACGUGACAUGUUUCCACUCAAUGGUCGUCAGCAAACCGCCAAACACUGAAGUAGACUCCUCCAACUAUUCGGAUAUAUUCGUCUGCCCCAUUCGACCUAUCAAUUCCACUGUUGGAGUUUGGACCGCUAUGGAAAAGUCUAACCAGAAGAAUGGUUGCCUAUACGUAGUGCCUGGAUCUCAUAAAACACCAAACUCAUUCAAUAGUGUGGAAGGCUUUGAGAACCUUUACACUCUUAAAUUGGCACUGGAAAAGGGCGAUACGGUAUUUUUUCAUCCUUCACUGGUUCAUGGAUCCAGACCAAAUCUUACCGAUGGAUUUUGCAAGUCGAUUUCCGCUCAUUACGCGGAUAGCAACUGUCAUUUUGUCAACGUGGGUGAUGAUAUCGAAAACGAGAUAAGGCGCAUACUCAAACACAAUGGUUUUCCCUCGGUGUCAUUUAAGGUGUUUUGCCAGUUCAAAAGUCGUAUUGUUCACGGUGAACCAGGAAAUUUUCAACGUCUUGAUGGAAACUUAUAAUUAGGAUUGGUGAUAAGAAGGUAACUAAAACAAGAGUUCGAGUUUUUGAUUUUUGCCUUUUUGGAGAUUAUUUUAGAAAUAGUUUUAUUGUGUGACUAGGAUUGUAACCAGUUAUCAUUGUUGGACAACAACUGAAAAAAAGACAUCAAGCACAGUUUGAACAGAACUACUUUAUUAAAUUAAUUCGAUCUAUGGUACCAAUAAACACAUUUAACAAAA